UGCAGACCUAAAGAAGCAGUUUGAUCAUUACAGAAGGUGGGGUUGACUUUUUUUUUUUACUAUUUCUGUGCACUCUGCAUAUAGCAGGUUAAAUACUUUUUAAGUGCAGCCAUUAAGGGUGUUGUCAUAAAACUAACUUCCCAGGAUGCCGCUGCGUUGUUGUGCCAGCAACAUGUUUCUGCUCUUAUGUGCUCUUUGCUUGUGUGUCGAGUCUGUAAGAGGCGGCACCAGCUUCCUCAGUCCUGCUCAGAAACCACAGGGUCGAAGGCCAUCACACGUGGGCAGAAGAGAUGCUGCAGAGCCAGAGAUCCCAGUGAUUAAAGAGGAUGAUCAGUUUAUGGUGAGUGCUCCAUUCCAACUGUCUGUGUCUCUGAGUGAAGCGGAGUAUGAGAAAUACAAACCUGUGCUACAGAAGGUUCUGGUGAAUCUUCUUAGUGAUUUCCCACUUGAAUUCUGAAGAGCUUCCAGUUCUACAAGAUUCAACUCCUUAAAAACCAAUAAAAAUGUUUGUAAAUUAAAAAUUACAUUACAUAAUUUUCCAACACCAAGAUUUGACAAAAAUAAAGGAUGACAAAAGAAAGAA